CAAUCACCACUGUAAGUUGAGCGAGAGGGAGAGGGGAUAGGUGGCCUGAGACCCUCUCCCGAAGUUGAGAGCGAGGGGCGGGAGAAAGGGGGCUUGAAACUGCCUGGGUAACUCGAGUGAGAGGCAAGAGUGGGGCCUGAAACUCCUAGAGUGAGUGAAGUGACGGCAAAGGAGGGCGGCUGCUAUCGCUAGAGUAAGUUGAGUGAGUGGGUGGAAGAGGUUGAAGGGGGAUGAAACCCCGUGUGUAGGUUGAAUGAGAGGCAAAGGCGGGGGCUGAAACCCCUGGAGUUAGUGAAGUGAGGGCAAAGGAGGGCGGCUGCAACCAGAAGAGUAAGUUGAGUGCGAGGGGGAGGGGAAAGGGGGCGUGAAACGUUUUGGGUAAGGUUAGUUAGAGCCAAGAGUGGCGCCUGAAACCCCUAGAGUUGGUGUAGUGAGGGGCAAAGGAGGGCUUCUUUAACCAGAGUAAGUUGCGAGAUUGGGGAGGAGAUUGUGGGAUUGAAAAUCUCUGGGUAAGGUUAGUGAAACUCUUGAGGCCAAGAGUGGGGGCUGAAACCUCUGUAGUGGGUGAAGUGAGGGGAAAAGGGGGGCUUCUUCAACCACCAGUGUAAGUUGCGUGAGUGGUUGGGCAGAAAUGGCACGGGCGUUGAUUCCCCAGCGUUUUGAAUGAGAGGAAAGGCAGGGGCUAAAACCCCUAGAGUGGGUGAAGUGAGGGGCAACGGAGGGCGGCCGUGACUACCUGAUUCACCUUAACCUGGGGGUUUUAGCCCUCCUCUCUUUUACCUGGGGGUUCGCCUUACCUCAGGGCUUUAAGCCUCCCUCCCAUGUCUUGCCCUCGUGUUGCCCUAAGGGUCUUGCCGUCCCCUCCUUAAACCCCGGGGUAGGUUGAGUCUUAGGGGCCUGAAACCCCUCUGGGUAAGUUUGAGUGAGAGCGAAUGGGGGGCCUGAAACCUCCCCGGGUAAGUUGAGUGAGAGGGAAUAGGGGGGUUGAAAUCCCCUGGGGUAAGUUUGAGUGAAAGGGAAUAGGGGGCCUGGAACCCCCCCGCGUAACUUCUAUUCGUGCUUCGCUAUCUUCGUAUCCUCGCGUACUACUCGCUCGUGCGAUAGAGCAUAGCCGCCUAGUCUCCAGCAGUAGAAGCCUUUGGAUUGCUUUGACGUGACUAUUUCUCGUUAUAUCUCGCGAUUUUCCUCUUCCUCGAGGCUGCACUUUAGAAGGAGUCCGUUUUUCGUUUCCUCUCGUAUUAUUGCCCCUCCAUCUCGUUCCGUCUCGUCGGUUCUGCGACCUAGUUUUCACCGCACCGGCCACCAUGGCGGCGGGAGGAGCGGCGGGGCGAAAUUUCUUGAUCGCGGUGGACGAUUCGGAGGGCAGUCGCCACGCGUUACAGUACGCGUGCGAAAAGGUCGUCGAAGAUAACGAUAGGGUUACCAUCGUUCACGUGCGACCAAAGAUUGAAGAGGUGGACUUUUAUGCCGCGCAGACCUACAAACAGGAGUUCGAGGAACAGUACCUUCGAGAUAGUCACAAGCUGCUCGACAAGUACCAGAAACUCGCCAGCACUUACAAGCCGUCGUUCAAGAGCGAGUGGGUGACGAAGAGCGCGUGUGGGGACGCCAGGGAGAAGGUUCUAGAGACGGCGCACGAGGUCGACCCUGAUGUGAUUGUAAUGGGGAGUCACGGGCACGGCGCUAUAACGAGAGUGUUAUUGGGGAGUGUGAGUGACCACGUGGCACAUGCAGCCAACUGUGCGGUCUUGAUCGUCCCAACCCCCCAUCAAUCCGUGCCAUCCACCGUCGCUUCCGCUAUCCCCGGGAUGGAUGCCCUUUCUAAAAUAGUCAAUUCAGCUCACUAGUACGUUGAUAGGUAACGGUGCAUCCCCUCACAGGACUAGCACAUCCACCUCUGCUAUCCCUGGGAUGGACGCCCUCUCUAUAAUAGCCAACUCAGCUCAUUUGUGCACUGAUUGGUCACUUCAUAGCACUGGUUGGCAUAUCCCCCCGGUCACUACCAUCCCUGGGGUGGAUGUGCUCUCUAUACCAUCUCUCUAGAAUAGUGAAUGCAGCUCGUUAGCAGAUCCAGCACCUCUGUCCUCAGCCCGUUCCCUUGAGACUGUUACACCUGUAGGAACAAUACUGACCACAUACAGUAAAUCUGCUGUUUAGAAAGGAGGCUUGGUGGGUGUGUGUCCAGCAUUUAUGCGGCAUAUCACAUGUUUAC